GUGAUGACAUCAGAGGUUCCCAUGCUCAUUCAGACGGGGUGCAGAGCGGCUCAGAGGUUUCACGAGGAUUGAGUAUUUUCUGAUGGUCAGAGAGAGGAACAGAGCACUCUGCUAACCGCCGCUAACCAGGCUGACAAACAGAGAACCGCCAUGACAGAAGAGGCGAGCUCACAGGAUGGGAACGGUAGAGUCAGCCGGGUCAUCCGGAUCGGAACCCGUAAGAGCCAGCUGGCCCGCAUCCAGACGGACAGCGUGGCCGACAGGCUGAAGGAGCUCUACCCCGACGUCCACCUGGAAAUAGUUGCCAUGUCAACGAUAGGAGAUAAAAUCCUGGACACAGCUCUAUCCAAGAUCGGUGAGAAGAGUUUGUUCACCAAAGAGUUGGAGAACGCCCUGGAGAGGAAUGAGUGAGUGUCUGUCUGACUCGGGUAGAUUGGGU